CGUUAGAGAGAGACCGCUCAAUUAGGUUAACGGUUUGGCAGCGAAUAGAAGAAAUAUACCCACACUUAACUCGGAAUGGAACGCUUUCACACACAAUUUGAUAAAUAUACAAAAAUAUGGACGGGUCCGAAAGCUACGAAUUUCUUUGACGCUGAUUGUUCAAUAGGCAAAAUUCUCUUCGCUUUCAUGCGAAAUAAUCCAAAAAACAUAUGUCAGAUAUCCGACACUGAAGGCACAGCCCUAAACAACAAUGAAGCCCUGACCUUUGGCAUCCGUAUAGCCCAAUAUCUCAAAACGAUGGGCUUGCGCCAGGAUGAUGUUGUGGGUAUUGUUGGUUCCAAUACCACCUAUCUUAUGCCCGUGGUCUUGGGUUGCUUACUCAAUUGUACUCCAUUCCAUGCCAUUAAUCAUAAGAAUGACGAAGCCACGAUAAAACACUUAUUCCAUAGCACGAGACCCAAGGUGAUUUUCUGUGAUGGCGCCGUUUAUCCAAAUGUUGCUGUCAUUGGUAAAAUCCUGAAGGCGAAAAUGUUUACAUUGACUCAACAUCGUGUGGAUGUGGGGAAAAUCGAAGAUCUUCUGGAGCCCACGAAUGCGGAAUUAUUUUAUGUACCCGAAACACUCAAACAGGGUGGUGAUCAAACAGUGGCAAUUGUUUGUACGGCUGGCACAACUGGAAUGCCGAAAAAUGUCUGCAUAUCAAAUUCGUCGUGCCUUUUUGAUUAUGGUUUUGUUACGGCUCAGGAUGUCCUUUUCUCCUUCAGUACGAUUGACGUAUCCUCGGGCAUGUUUAAUAUGCUCUUCAGUUGUGGUCAUGGUUCCACUCGCAUUAUUACCAAUAAACCGCCAAGUGCCGAAUAUCUAUUGGAGCUGAUAAAUAAAUAUAAAAUCUCCCUGCUCACCCUCUCGCCCACCUGUGUUGCCGCUCUGACCAAGUGCAAUAUCUUGACCAAGGACAAGCUGAGCAGUGUUCGAUUCAUCAGCAUUUCGGGUGGCAAUGUUCCGGUUAUGACAUUGUUAAAGCUUCAGGAUUAUCUAACGAAUGGCUUAAUUUCGUAUGGCUAUGCUUUGGCCGAGUGUGGAGGCGUUGCUGGCAACAUGGGUGUUGGCCACCCAAAUAGUGUGGGUAAAAUUGUACCCGGUGUCAAGGUGAGAAUUGUUGACGAAAACGAUCGCAAUCUGGGACAUGGGGAGAUGGGUGAAAUAAUGGUACACACGGGCAAAGUGUGGAAUGGUUAUUAUGGCAAUCCUUCGGAAUCUAAACGCAUGCAGGACUAUCAGGGUUGGUUCCACACUGGCGAUUUGGGUUACUUUGACAGGGACAACUAUUUAUAUGUGGUGGAUCGCAAGUGCAACUCUCUGCGUUUCCAUGGCAUGCAAUAUUGGCCAUUGGAGUUGGAGCAGUGCGUGGCCGAAAUACCAGAUGUUUUGGAAGUUUGUGUUUUUGGUUUAUGGAAUGAAGUAGAUGGGGAUGCUGCUGCAGCUGCCGUUGUUAAAGUGCCCGGCAGUAGACUCAGUGAACAGGACGUAGUUGAGUAUGUGGCCAAGCGUUUGGUUGUUGCCCACAAACACCUGCAUUGUGGCGUCUUCUUCCUCGACGAUUUGCCAAAGACUGGUAGUGGUAAGGUGAUCAGGGAUAAGGCGAGAGAUAAGGCACUGGGCAAGCAUUGGAUUGCUCCAAAAUCUUCCUAUAAUCGUUUGGGUCAAUAGCUGGUAGGGGGAUAAUUAUUAUUCCUCUUUCAAUUGCCAUUGUUAAGUAUCUUUAAGUAUUUAUUUUAAAUUUGUAGCAGUAAUUUGUUUAGUUCCAUAAGUGUGUGAGAAUAAAUAUUUACCAUCGAUGUGUGAAGUUGAAAA